AUGCAGGCGACUUGCAAGGUAUUUUUGGACGCAGCCCGCUCUUCUGCGGUGUACAAGGUGGCCUCCAUGGCGGAGCUACCCGUCGUGUUCGGUUAUGACUUAGAGGACCGUCCUGAGGAUGGGUUUCUUUAUACAAGCGCGCGCAGAGGAAAUCCAGCCGCUAUAUUCCGUGUAGGGAUUAGAGAAUUCUGCUGGAUGGGCCGAUCUGUCACUAGGGUCGACACCCUGCUUGAGGCCACCGAUGCAGGCGACGUCCAAGCCUGCUACAUGUGUGCGAUGCUGCUACUGAUGCCAGGUGUUGGGAACGAGGCGCACGCUGGCAGGGGGUUGAAAUGUAUCAAAACGUACUGGCUGCUGGAAAAAUCGAAUCGUGUAGAGAAUUAUUUGGGCAGUUGUUCGCAAAUCCGCUGA